AUGGCCCAGUUGCAGAAAAACCACACCUUAAGCUCUGAGUUUAUUAUCGUGGGCUUUGGGGACCUGGCCGAACUGCAAAUCUUCUUUUUUGGACUCUUUCUAAUCAUGCAUGUUGUCACCCUAGCAGGGCACACAGCUAUUGUGCUCAUCACCCUCAUUGAUUCCUGCCUCCAGACCCCCAUGUAUUUCUUCCUUCGCAAUCUGUCCACCAUUGAAAUUUGCUAUAUAUUGGUGAUUGUCCCCAACAUGCUGGCCAAUUUCCUAUCCAGGAGCCAGCGUAUGCCUCUCCUGGGCUGUGCCUUGCAAAUGCACCUCUUCAUCGCCCUGGGUGGUGCAGAGUGUUUCCUCCUGGCCGCGAUGGCCUAUGAUCGUUUCGUGGCCAUCUGCAACCCACUGCGUUACACGGUCGUCAUCACCAGGGCCCUCUGUCUGCAGAUGCUGACUCUGGCAUGCAUCAGUGGCUUUGCACUCUCACUCACCCUUACUACAGUGAUAUUUCUCCUGCCCUUUUGUCAGUCGCAUGAGAUCAAUCAUUUCUUCUGUGACAUCCCUGCUGUGCUAUUUCUGGCCUGCUCAGACACAAGAGCCAAUGAGAUUGCAGUCUUCCUCGUCUGCAUGCUCAUCCUGUUGAUUCCCUUCUUGCUGAUUCUGCUCUCCUAUGCAUUCAUUAUUGCUGCCAUCCUCAGAAUCCACUCAGCUGACGGAAGGAGCAAAGCCUUUUCCACGUGUGCUGGGCACCUGCUGGUCUCUGUUCUGCACUAUGGCUGCGCAAUAUUCAUCUAUAUUCGCCCUAAGUCCUGCUACACCCCAGAACAGGACAAAAUUGUGUCCUUAAUCUACACCAAUGUAACUCCCAUGCUGUACCCUAUGAUCUAUAGUCUGAGGAACAAGGAAGUCAAGGGUGCCCUCAGAAGACUUCUGCAGAGCUAUAACCAGAUGAGGCAGCAACCCAAUGCAAGGUGA